AGAGCGGAGAAGUCAGCACAGAGGCUUAAGAAUUUUCCUUCCUCCUCUCCUGAAGUUACAACGAAAAAUACCGACAGUCAGAUCAGCCCGCGGCUGUCUGGCGUCUCCGCUUCAACCUCGUCCGACCUAGAAGGGGGUUCCUUGCCCUGGGGGGGGGGGGGGGCGGUGGGGAGGCGGGAAGAAGCGAGAGGACGAGACCAGGCUAGAUGCCCUUAGACCAGGGCCGCCUCUCUCGGCUUCGGAAGCUGCGCGCGGCGUCCAGGGGGCUCCUUCUCCCGGCCGGCGGGCGGCGGCAGCGGCUGCUAUUCGAAUGCUCAAGAUCCGUUGCCCCGAAAUCCGCUGCCUGAGACUUACCUCCUGACACCUCAAAGCGCGAGGGUCAGGGGAGCUUUGCAAAUAGCAGGAGGGAGUGGAUGCAAGGAGGUGGCGGUGAGAGGGGGAGAAGAGGAGAAGGGAAAGGAAGGAGCGGAGCCGGGGAGCCGGGCUGGCAGCCGCCGCGGGAGGAAUCUGAGCGCGCAGCCGGCGCGGGGGGAGCGGCGGCCGCGCGGAGGAGGCGGCGGUAGCAGCCCAAGCCGGCGGGCGGCGGCGCGGACGCCUGCAGCUGGAUAGCUGCGCGCGGGGAGGCGCGGCGGUGGCGGGCUGCGCGGGGCACGGCCGGCCCCGAGGCUGGACUAAACGCACUCGCCUCCACCGUCGGACUCGAACUGGGAGGGGGCGCCAGCGCACCCAGGACGCGGUGCCCCAAGGGACCCCGCUCUAAGCUGCAAACUGAAGCCACCCCCCGCCUCCCCGGGCCAAACACAUCCCUGCACCCGUUCGCAGCUGCCACCCUGAGUGUUCCAAAGGCUCCUGCAAAGAUCUGCGCCUCCCGGGUCUCCCCACCCGCCAACCCGACCUCUCCGAGUCACCACCGCUGUCCCCCGUCAGACUCGGCCUGGCAGUCGGCUUCAUCGAACUUGAUUUCUCACCUCCUCAGUCCCAUCACCUCCAUCCCCUCUCCCCCGUCUCGCCUCCACCCCCCCCAGUUUCCUCCUCCUCGCCCCUCAUUUCCACCCUCCUCCCCCUCCCCCGGCCACUUCGCUAACUUGUGGCUGUUGUGAUGCGUAUUCCCGUAGAUCCGAGCACCAGCCGGCGCUUCAGCCCCCCCUCCAGCAGCCUGCAGCCCGGCAAGAUGAGCGACGUGAGCCCGGUGGUGGCUGCGCAGCAGCAACAGCAGCAGCAGCAGCAACAGCAGCAGCAACAGCAGCAGCAGCAGCAGCAGCAAGAGGCAGCGGCGGCGGCGGCGGCUGCGGCAGCGGCUGCGGUGCCCCGGUUGCGGCCGCCGCACGACAACCGCACCAUGGUGGAGAUCAUAGCUGACCACCCGGCCGAGCUAGUCCGUACUGACAGCCCCAACUUCCUGUGCUCCGUGCUGCCCUCGCACUGGCGUUGCAACAAGACCCUGCCCGUGGCCUUCAAGGUGGUAGCCCUCGGAGAGGUACCAGAUGGGACUGUGGUUACUGUCAUGGCGGGUAAUGAUGAAAAUUAUUCUGCUGAGCUCCGAAAUGCCUCUGCUGUUAUGAAAAACCAAGUAGCCAGGUUCAACGACCUGAGAUUUGUGGGCCGGAGUGGACGAGGCAAGAGUUUCACCUUGACCAUUACUGUCUUCACAAAUCCUCCCCAAGUAGCCACCUAUCACAGAGCUAUUAAAGUGACAGUGGAUGGACCCCGGGAACCCAGAAGGCACAGACAGAAGCUUGAUGACUCUAAACCUAGUUUGUUCUCUGACCGCCUCAGUGAUUUAGGGCGCAUUCCUCAUCCCAGUAUGAGAGUAGGUGUCCCGCCUCAGAACCCACGGCCCUCCCUGAACUCUGCACCAAGUCCUUUUAAUCCACAAGGACAGAGUCAGAUUACAGACCCCAGGCAGGCACAGUCUUCCCCACCGUGGUCCUAUGACCAGUCUUAUCCCUCCUACCUGAGCCAGAUGACGUCCCCGUCCAUUCACUCCACCACCCCGCUGUCUUCCACACGGGGCACGGGGCUUCCUGCCAUCACCGACGUGCCCAGGCGCAUUUCAGGUGCUUCCGAGCUGGGCCCUUUUUCUGACCCCAGGCAGUUCCCAAGCAUUUCAUCCCUCACUGAGAGCCGCUUCUCCAACCCACGAAUGCACUAUCCAGCCACCUUCACUUACACCCCGCCAGUCACCUCAGGCAUGUCUCUCGGCAUGUCCGCCACCACUCACUACCACACCUACCUGCCACCACCCUACCCCGGCUCUUCCCAAAGCCAGAGUGGACCCUUCCAGACCAGCAGCACUCCAUAUCUCUACUAUGGCACUUCGUCAGGAUCCUAUCAGUUCCCCAUGGUGCCGGGGGGAGACCGGUCUCCUUCCAGAAUGCUUCCGCCAUGCACCACCGCCUCGAAUGGCAGCACGCUAUUAAACCCAAAUUUGCCUAACCAGAAUGAUGGUGUUGACGCUGAUGGAAGCCACAGCAGUUCCCCAACCGUUUUGAAUUCUAGUGGCAGAAUGGAUGAAUCUGUCUGGCGACCUUAUUGAAAUUCCUCAGCAGUGGCCCAGCGGUAUCUGGGAAAUGUAUCAAUAUAUACAUAUAUAAGAGAGAGUGCGUAUAUAUGUAUAUCAACUAGCUAUCUACAAAGUGCCUAUUUCUUAGAAGAUUUUUCACUCACUCAUUCAGUCAAGCUCUUGCAACCAUAAGAGGGUAGAUAUCGAGAAGCAAAAGGCCCGAGAGAGAAUCAUAAUCAGGUUUCAGAUUGUUUUCUAUCUACUUUUCUUUAAAUAGAAAAAGAAGUGUACUUUUACAGACAGAGGAAAAAGGUAUUUUUGUCGCUGAUGUUUUGGUCUGUUAUAAAUAACCUGUUCAUAUGCCAGUUCGGGAAGGUGGACUCCAGGUUCAGGAGGAAGAAGAGCAAAGCUGCUUCCUCUCUGUGCUCUGAAACCUCACGUCCUCGCAGUCGCAGCUGCCUGUGGGCCGUGCACUCUGCAGAGCGGCUGACAGCGUGGUCGGGGUGCACGCGCAGGGGACCGAGGUGGAGUGGGUGCUCCCACUGCAGUGCGCCUGUUCCCAACCUGGCUCCCACACCUGCCGCGAGGACUCAUUCGAACUGUUCGGUUCAGUUUUUUUCCUACUUUAAGAAAGUGACUUCAAAUAUACUGAUCAGGAAAGGUUAUUUUAUUUUCCUUUUUUGUGCUCCCCACCCCUUUCCCAUUUAACCAAAAAGAAAUACCGUCCUGACACCCCUCUCCUCCUUUUAUGCAAAACUGAAAAUGGCAAUACCUUCUUAUAGCCAUAAUGGUAUAGAUAGUGUUUGUGUUUGGCUGUGUGUUAUUGUUUUCUUUUUUUUUUUAAAUUAUGAAUAUGUGUAAAAUCUGAGGUAACUUGCUAAGUGAAUGGUCAUAUAACUUUAAAGAUAUAUUUAUAAUUAUUUAAUGACAUUUGGACCCUUGAAACAUUUCUUAGUGUAUCGAUGUAUUGACUUCGGUCUCUAAAAGUGCUUUUUAUGAAAGAACAAAUUUCUUCAGUGGGCUAGAGCCAUACCUGAGAUAUUGCUAAGCAAUUUCAGUCCAUCCAGGCACAAUGUGAUUUUUAAAAGUGCUUCCAUCUCCAAAUAUUUUAGAUGUAGCUUGUUUUUGUGACGUAUGAAGGAAAUGUUAUGUUAGUUCUUUCAGAUCUUCGAUUGCCUCUAACACAGCUUUGCCUUUAAAGCAAUAAUUAGGGAUUUAAAAGACAACUCUUAGCUCUUUAUCACUUAUGUUGCCCUUAACCAGCAUGAAAUGCUGGAGUGAUGUGGUCUUCUUCUUUCUUCCAAAUAACGAUGACUCUUGUCAUAUUAAAAAGACAAGCACAAGAGAAUCAUUGAACUGCAGAAAAGUGUUCUGUGGUUUCACAGUUAAAGCAGAGCUCAAAAUCGCCAGGCUUCACAGUGAAGACGAAGUGAGCCUGGAGCCACACGUGUGGCCCAAGGGCCCGUUGUGGUGCACACAGGACAGGAAAGCAAAGUUGCACCAGAGAGUCUUGACCAACCACCUUAUCAAACACAGAUCAGGGGGACCCAGACCUACUCAAGGCCCCCUGGGCGGCUCUCCACAGAACUGACAUUCGGAGGAGCAGAUGUUAAGUCUUUGUCUCAUGGGGGCAGGGUCAUCUGGAGUAUCAAGGCCGUUCCAGCAGGUAGCUAACUGAUCUGAGAGACCAUGCAACCUGUGGGGUCCCAUGUACAGCCUUAGACAUUUGUAGUUCUCACGGUGGAAGGCACGGGGAAGGCAAAGCUCAGUGGCGUUUGGUGUCUACUACUGUCUAGGACUUUGAGCUGAAGCCCUCCUGGGGGAUGCACUUUGACCACUCCUGGCAGCUACAUGGCAAAUUGUCAAGUGUGAAUCCUUAAUCCAAGCCAGGAUCACUUAAUGACACCACCAGGCAAAUCCCCGCCCUCCUCCCCCACAGGUCAGGGCCCCCCUGUUUGAAUUCUGUGCCCCUGUUAGUAGAGGUUUGCUUCCAGCCCCCAGAGGCCCCUUGCUCUCUCAAGCGAUUCUCAGGCCGGCACCUUUCUAAGCUGCCAGUGUUGCCGGACAGCCUACGGGGCUGCUGGCCCUGUCUUCUCUCCUGGAAGUCCCCCCCUGGAAUCCAUCUUGACUCCCCUGCCAAAAACGGAGGGGAAGCCAAACCAAAACAGAACACUUUGCCUUCUAAAGGUGGUAUAUACCAAGUAUGCUUAGAUAAAGAAGCCACUUUCUUAGUCCUUAAGUAAGAUGGAAGUAGUAAUCGAUACUAUUUAUUGUUCGUGUGUGGCAGCUUGAAGCAUGCCACUGUCCACUUAUUUGUGAGUGUAAAAUGUGUGUGUUUGUUUCAGCAGCACUUAAAGAAGCCAGUGUCUGGUUACACAUUUCAUUUUUAAUUAAUUGACAUAAAAAUGUUACCGCCAGUGCCAGCUGUACCCUAUUUAAUAAAAAAAAAAAGGUACUAUAUUUGUACAUUAUUUUCUAAUGUUAAAAGGGCUUUUUUAAGUUUACAGUACACAUGCUAAGUGACCUUAGGGAUGCUUUUGUGUUGAAAUGUUAUUAUAGUGGCUGCAGGCAGCAACCCAGAAACACUUAAGAAAUUUUUUUUUCUUGGGAAAAAUUCAAGCACUUCAUCCUUCCACCCUUGUCCAACCACUCCAGUGGGGUAAUUCACAUUUUUAGAUGAAAUUCUGCCCUUUUUUGGCCUGGGGGUUAAAUUUUUCUUUUCUUUUUUUUCUUUUUUUUACUGAACCCUUAAUUUGCACUGGGUCAUGUGUAUGAUUUGAGAUUUGAAGACCAAAGCAAAGUUUUACUUCUGCUCUGGAACCCAGCACCAGCGACCCCUCCAUUCCCCCUGGGUUGAGGAGCAGGGUUCUUUCUUUUUGUGGUGUCAGCAUCGCUGGAGUUUACAGUGUGACCAAUAGUCACUUUUUAAAAAAAUCUGUCCCAGUUGUCUCACAAGUGUUACCGUCUGUCGGAGAGUCCAGAACAGGUACUAAAUCUAAGCUUUGGCUUUAGAUUAGUGAGGUGACACCCAGCCCGGAACUGGGAGACUCACCAGGUUAGCUAUUGUUUUGCCCUUUCGACUGUCUUUACCCCACCAGAGCCUUUCAAAAGUGAGCAGAGGAAUCCGCGUAGUUAGUGACCACACGUUGCAAAUUCAGAGGGAAGAAGAUUUGCCUGCUGGCUUAAAGGGCGCCCUCCAUUCCCAGGAAAGGGACAGACCCCAGAGUCUCGGUCAAUACCUGGAAACACAAAGCAUUGGCAGAAACAAUAAUCCUGUCUUUGAUAUCCGAAAGAACGAUGAUAAAUGAAAUAAAUAAAAGACAGCUCUUCUAAACAUUGAAUUUGUUAUCCUUAAAAAGAUAAUUCAUUUAAAAAAUAUUUUCUAUGUGAGGAUUUUUUAGAUGUUUGUUUACUUCAUGUUUACAAAUAACUGUUUGCUUUUUACUGCAGUACUUUGAAAUAUAUCAGCCAAAAACCAUAACUUACAGUAAUUUCUUAGGUAUUCUGAAUAAAAUUCCACUUUUUGGAUAUGCUUUACCAUUCUUAGAUUUCUGUGGAACAAAAAUAUUUGUAGCAUUUUGUGUAAAUACAAGCUUUUCAUUUUUAUUUUUCCAAUCGCUGUUGCCCAAGAUUUGCUUUCCAUGCACGUAUUGUACAAACUCUGCUUUGUGCCACAGGUCACGAUUGUGGGCGAGUUUACUCUCAACUUCAAAGGGACUAUUUGUAUUGUAUGUUGCAACUGUAAAUUGAAUUAUUUGGCAUUUUUCUCAUGAUUGUAAUAUUAAUUUGAAGUUUGAAUUUAAUUUUCAAUAAAAUGGCUUUUUUGGUUUUGU